AGUUUAAAGAAAAGAACCAUAGGAAACACUAGAGACCCUUUUCUUCCCGAGUCCGCUUUCUUUUCUUGCUACUACUAUUUCCGAUCAGUUGAACGAAUUCUGGAUUCAUCAAUCAUCGGCCACAGGGAAUUUUAGGGCAGAUUUUUUUUGUGAAUUUGAAGAAAAAGAAAUUAUGUUUUUCUCUGGUGAUCCUUCGACGAGGAAGCGGGUCGAUUUGGGUGGGCGCAGCUCCAAGGAACGUGACCGACAGAAGCUUCUGGAACAGACUCGUUUAGAGCGGAAUCGUCGCCUCUGGUUGCGUCAGCAGAACUGUGCUGCCAUCAAAAUUCAGAAAUGCUUCAGAGGUAGAAAGGAGGUGGAAGCUGAGCGUUCUAAAGUUCGCGAGAAUUUCUUAAAAACUUAUGGGGAUCGCUGCCACCGUGUUGACAGGCAAUGUUUCGGUCCAGAUUCAGAUUUUCUAUGUCAGCUACUUUUCUUUUUCAAUCCAACAUACACUAAUGAUGUUUCCAUCCUCGUGGAGACAUGCCGAUCGCUACUGGAGCUUGUUCGAGAUAGCGGUUUGUUCCUCUUAUUGUGUAAUUUCAUGUAGGCUGUAAUUUGUGUA